AUGUCCUCCCCACCUACACGAACAGAUACUUAUGCCUCUGAAACAACGAAGCAAGAUGCCAUGACUUCAACAAUCUCCAUCCAAGACCAAGUUUCAACAACCCUUUUCUCUGAAAUCCGCAAAUAUCCCAAAAUUUCCGCCUACGCUCUAGGACUUGCCCUCGCCUUCCUCCUAACAGGCUACGACACCGUUAUCCUCGGUACAAUCACCGCUGUCCCAUACUUCAAACUCGAGUUCGGCGCACUUUAUGACGGAUCCUACAUCAUCCCCUCAGCAUGGCUAUCAGUCUGGAGCGCCAUAGCCCCCAUCGGCUCAAUGGUUGGAGCUGCAGCCGCAGGCUGGUUCCAAGAUCGAGUAGGAAGACGUUGGUCACUAGCUGUUAGCUGCGUUAUCUGCGCUAUCGGUAUCGCUAUCGCCUUCUGCUCGAACCUUCCUGCUGAGAUGGCGUCUAGACGGGGUACAUUCCUUGUUGGCAGGGCUAUCCAGGGUGUUGGUGUUGGUGGUGCAAUGGCUGGUGCUCAGACCUAUUUGUCUGAGACGGUCCCUGUUACCCUUCGUGGCUCGGCUAUGGCUCUGAGUCCGACUUUCAUGCUGCUUGGUGAGCUCAUUGGGGCAGCGGUAAUCUUUGGUUGCGAGCACAUGAAAUCUUCUUCUGCUUUUCUCAUUCCUUUUGGGACGCAGUGGAUUACUACUCUCUUGCCAUUUGUGCUGGCUAUAUUCAUUCCCGAGAGUCCCUCUUAUUUGCUAAGGAAGGAGCAAUAUGAGAAGGCUUUGGCCUCGAUGAGGUCGUUGCAUACGGAUCGCAUCGACGUGGAGCCGUUGUUGGAACAGAUGCGCCUGUCAAUCAUUCAUGAGGAGCAGCUUUCGGCUGAGCUAUCCUACCUCGACUGCUUCAAGGGUAUCAACCUACGACGGACGAUGAUUGUUGCGUUUUCAUUUACAGUGCCUAGCUUGUUUGGCGUUCCUCUCUUGGCGAGUGCCAGUUACUUCAUGCAGGUUGUGGGUAUGUCGUCCAGUCUCAGCCUUAUCGUUCUUAUUGUCGGCAUUGUUCUGGGUCUUCUGGCCAAUGGUGUUGGCGUUUGGUUGAUGAGCCGCUUUGGACGUCGUCUCUUGAUGCUUGGUACUUUGGCAGUCUCCACCAUCAUUUGGCUGAGUAUGGGAAUCGCAGGCUGCUGGUCUGGAAACAUUGUCGUUUGGUACACUGCUGCAUGCAUGAUGGCCGUAGUCAUUGUCUGCGGAGUGGGUGCUUGGCCAGCAUCAUAUGCAGUCUCCGGCGAGGCCUCUUCACUGCGUCUUCGUGCAAUGACACAAGGAAUCGGUGUCUUGUGCUACAUGUUGUCUAACGUCGUCUUCAACCUCGUUCUUCCCUAUAUAUACAACACUGAUGAAGGUGAUCUGAAGGGCAAGACUGGGUUCGUAUAUGCUGGGCUGUGCUCUAUUGCUUGCGCUGUGACGUGGCUUAUUGUGCCGGAGAUGAAAGGCCGCUCGGCACUGGAGAUUGAUGCUAUGUUUGAGGCAUCUCUACCAUGCAGACAGUUUAAACACUGGUCUGAGGGGGAAUCUAUGGAUGGCGAUAAGGCAUGA